AUCGGAAUAGAAUCUGUUUUUUAAUCCACCCAGAAGGAAAAAAGAGAACGCAGACCCAGAUUCCACGAGACCCCCAUCGUCCACCAUCUCGAAGCUGCGAAGAUUUCGUAUUCCCUCUGGCUCCUUCUUCGCACUUUCCCUCUCUCUGUCUUCAUCUCUGGCUCUGACCCAACAAAACCGUAUUCAAAACGGACCUCCACAUGCCUUUGAAACCCGUCAUAAAGUUCCAGGGUCGCCGCUCUCAAAAGGGAUUUGGUGCUAGGUUUUGCUCGCUCUUGAGUGGGAGGAGGAGAGGGAGGGAAAGCAGAGCGGCGAUGGCGAAGCCAGUGAGGUUCGAGGAGGUGGAUGCGGAGGUGCAGGAGAUUCUUGACGCGAACAUGGACGAAGCGCCUGCGAGGAGGCGGGCUCGCGAGGCUUUUAAGGAUGUUCAGCUUGGGAUUGAUCACGUUCUCUUCAAGAUGCCGCAUGAAGGAUUGAAAAUGGAGGAGAAAUAUGAGGUGACUUCUAGAGGACUGGAGAUUUUCACAAAAAGCUGGCUUCCAGACACAUCUCAGCUCAAAGCAAUUGUUUGCUAUUGCCAUGGUUAUGGAGACACCUGCACUUUUUUCUUUGAAGGAAUUGCUAGGAAAUUGGCAUCAGAAGGAUAUGGUGUGUUCGCCAUGGAUUACCCAGGAUUAGGCCUUUCAGAAGGUCUUCACUGCUACAUUCCAAGCUUUGACAGGAUAGUUGACGAUGUUAUUGAACAUUUCUCAAAAGUUAAAGAGAACCCAGAUUACCGUGAUCUUCCAAGCUUCCUCUUUGGGCAGUCUCUGGGUGGGGCUGUUGUCCUGAAGGUGCACUUAAAACAGCCUAAUGCUUGGGAUGGGGCUGUUCUUGUUGCACCUAUGUGCAAAAUUGCAGAUGAUAUGGUCCCUCCAUGGAUACUCACGCAGAUCCUAAUUGGUGUAGCCAAGUUUCUACCGAAGCAGAAGUUAGUUCCAGAGAAGGAUUUGGCUGAAGCAGCUUUUAGGGAACCAAAAAAGAGGGCACUGACUGCCUAUAAUGUUAUUGCCUACAGACACAAACCGCGCCUACAGACUGCUGUAGAGAUGCUAAGGACUACCCAAGAGAUAGAGCGCCGGUUGCAAGAGGUCUCGCUUCCGCUUCUGAUUCUGCACGGAGAGGCGGAUAGAGUAACUGAUCCAUCGGUGAGCAAGGUCCUGUACGAGAAGGCUAGCAGUAAGGACAAAAAACUCAUCAUGUAUCCCGAUGCCUAUCAUGCUCUUCUCGAGGGCGAACCUGAUGAAACGAUUCUCCGUGUUUUCGGUGAUAUCAUCUCCUGGCUUGAUGAGCACAGCUCGAAAAGCGACGUGUGAUGUCACUACGGACUUGUAUGCUAUGUAAAAACAAAUCCACAUUGAUUCAUUCAUGCGCUCAGUAAUACUCUGUCCCGGAAUAAAA